CUUUUAGUUUACUAGUUAUUUACCAAGUCCACUUGUACUAGAUCAAGAUGGAACGGUUUAACUAACCAACACUAAUUCCAUUUAUAAUCAAUCAAUUAAUCCUACCAUACUCAUCAUCACUUUCUGGAUAUUGCUAUGGGGAACCACAUGAUCUCUCAUAUGCAUGCCUCACGUGGAAGAAGAAUCAUACUCUCCGACGGGACCCUCCAAGAAUACGAGAACCCAGUCACGGUAGCAGAGCUCAUGCUAGACCAUCCACAGCAAGUGGUUGUGGAGUUUGAUCAGAAAGCAAGAAAGCCAACCCCUUUGCCUGCCGACCUGAAGCUUGAGACUAGCAAGAUUUACAUGAUGAUGCCUAUGAAGCGAUCAAUGUCAUGUGAAGAAGCUCGUUACCUUCUGCUGAGGGCCAAUGCGCUUCUCAGUUCGUCCAACUCAUUCGUGUCGGCCUACACAGGGUUUCUUCCGUUGUUUGCUAGGAUCCGUCUGGCUGUGAAAAAGGGCAAGUCAGAGUCACAGAUGGUGUUGAAAGCAAAACCAGGAGUAGGCUUAUUUAUGAAAAAGGAAAUGGAAAUGGAAAUGGAGUCGCAAGGCAGGUCUGCUGAUUAUUACUUGAGCAGGCAGUUAUCUGGGAAAGCUUCAUGGAAGCCUAGUUUGGAUACCAUCAAGGAGAAAGGGGUCAAGGCAAAGAUCCGCCAUUGGUUGCUUUGAAUUAAACACUUUAUUUUCAAAAUAAUAUUAACGUUUCUGCUUUCUAGUUAUAUAUAAACGCUUGGAUAUCA